GCUGAUCAGAGAGAAAGCAUUCUGCCAGCCGAGCGCCUCCAAAUCGCGAUCACUUCCUAACCUUCCCCCCCUUUUUAACAUAUUUGAUCACUUUGAUUCUCUCCUUCUCCUCCUCAUUAUUUUUUUCUCCGCGAAUGAAGGAGGUUCUAUAGGUUGUGAUCUCCCUCUCUCUCCCUCUCUCUCCCUCUCUCUCUCUUUUUGUUUUUUAUUAUCGCCGCUCGCUUGCCGGAGAGUUUGACUUCGCGUUUGACUCGAGCUCGGGCUUCAUCCGCGCGCAGGCUGCUAGCGCUACCUCAUCCGAAGAAAAAGGGAAAGAAGAGCAGCGACAUUUUUCGAGAUUUUUUUCCUCUGCGCGUGCCUGCCAGUUGUUGGUUUUCCUUCUUCAAGACUCGCUGGAACUUGGUGUCGCCCGUCGCCCAGUCUCCUCUCCGCCAGCCAGCCAGUGUGUGUGUGUGUUUUCGCCGUGCGGCUGUGUGAAAGUUGUCGGGCCGUCUGUAGCAGCAGGCUACCCUUCCCUUUUUUAACCUCGUAUUUAUUUUCCAUUUUCUUCUUCUUCUUCUCCUCCUUUUUUGCCUUGAUGGGUUUCCUGGAUGGCUGACUGCAGGCGCCCCUGGACUUGGCCUCUAAGAGCAGGACCGCGAUUCGGCUCGCCUUCGCCUCACUUCUGACCAUUGCUGACCAAGUAGGCUAACGUUCUCUGCUCGAGCAACGGCGUGCCGGAUAAACAGCCUCGGCCGAAGCGAUCCUGCAUUAUUUAUCUGACUGUUUUCGAGAAGCCGAGAAAAGAAAAAGAACCGUGUCUGCUGCUGUUGUUGUUACCAUUGCUACUAGAUUUUUCUCGACCCAAGAACGCCAACACGGAAGACAAAAAGUUUUCCCAACGCUGACUGAUAGAUAUGGCAAUGGUAGUGUGGCGAGGCUCCCAGGACGAUGUGGCUGAGACGCAGGGCGCGCUCUCGUCGCAAGCCCAAGGAGGACUGUCCCUGGCCGCGCCGCAGCCCGGCCAGCUGAACCUCGCCGCCUCGCAGGUGGCCCCGCCGACCCCGCAGACGCCCGUGCAGCCGGGCGGCCCCAACGCCAACGCGCAGUCCACGCCGUCCAACCCCACGUCGCAGAGCCAGUCGGACAAGCAGCAGCAGCAGCACAUCGAGUGCGUGGUGUGCGGCGACAAGUCCAGCGGCAAGCACUACGGCCAGUUCACGUGCGAGGGCUGCAAGAGCUUCUUCAAGCGCAGCGUGCGCAGGAACCUCACGUACACGUGCCGCGCCAACCGGAAUUGCCCCAUCGACCAGCACCACCGCAAUCAGUGCCAGUACUGCCGCCUCAAAAAAUGCCUCAAAGUUGGCAUGAGACGGGAAGUCUCUCUUUUCACUGCAGCCGUCCAGAGGGGAAGGAUGCCACCCACGCAGCCCCACCACGGCCAGUUCGCCCUGACCAACGGGGACCCGCUGCACUGCCAUUCCUACUUGUCCGGAUAUAUCUCCCUGCUGCUGCGAGCGGAGCCCUACCCGACGUCCCGCUACGGCAGCCAAUGCAUGCAGCCCAACAACAUCAUGGGCAUCGAGAACAUUUGCGAACUGGCGGCGCGGAUGCUGUUCAGCGCCGUGGAGUGGGCCAGGAAUAUCCCCUUCUUCCCCGACCUGCAGAUCACAGACCAGGUGGCCCUGCUGAGGCUCACCUGGAGCGAGCUGUUCGUGCUGAACGCGGCGCAGUGCUCCAUGCCCCUGCACGUGGCCCCUCUGCUGGCCGCCGCCGGCCUCCACGCCUCCCCCAUGUCCGCGGACAGAGUCGUGGCCUUUAUGGACCACAUUAGGAUCUUCCAGGAGCAAGUGGAAAAGCUGAAAGCGUUGCACGUUGACUCUGCCGAAUACAGCUGCAUGAAAGCCAUCGUGCUCUUCACCACGGAUGCUUGUGGUCUGUCAGACGUGGCCCAUGUCGAAAGUUUGCAGGAGAAGUCCCAGUGUGCACUGGAGGAGUACGUUCGGAGCCAGUACCCCAACCAGCCAACCCGAUUUGGAAAGUUAUUACUACGCUUGCCUUCUCUUCGCACAGUGUCCUCUUCGGUCAUAGAGCAAUUAUUUUUCGUCCGAUUGGUAGGUAAAACCCCAAUUGAAACCCUCAUCCGGGAUAUGUUGCUUUCGGGGAGCAGUUUUAACUGGCCUUACAUGCCGAUUCAAUAAACAGAAGGAGCGAUCAAAGGGAAGCUGUGACUACAAUAGUUAGCGCUUCUUUUGUAGAAGGAAACGGCUGUUACACGAGUUUACUUUCACGAAGAAAAAAAAGACGUUUUCAUAAAAGACUGUGAAUUAAAAAAAAUUCAGAGAUUCAGUGAACUUUCAAAAAUCCACAUUGCUCCCAGUGUCAUUCUGAACAACUUGUUCUUAUGCUUUUUUUUAUAAAAAAAAGGAAAAAAGAAAGAAAGAAAAAGAAAAAAGGGACAAAAAGAAUAAAAGGACAAAAAUGUUCAAAGGAUUUUGAUAAUCCUUUUUUUUGGUGGGGGGGGGGGGGGGGGGGGGGAUUGGAAACUAUAAAGUGCAUUAAAGCGAUAAUUUGGAGAAAUUUAGGAGGAAAGAAAAAAGUCCGUUUUUCUUUUUUUCCCCAAAUGGCUAUAUUUGUCCUGUGUCCAUGUAUCUAUAGCUGUUUUGUAUUUUUUUUCUUUUUUUCCCUCCUUUCUGGUUCCAAACCGGCCUAUGUGAUUUUGUAGUAUGCAGUUGUGUUUUUUUUUUUGUUGUUUGUUUUUUUUCUAAUAACCACGACUUAUAAACCAGUUGAGUAAUGUAAAGACGUUCUUCGAGAAUUAAAAAGGAAAUCUACAGCAAUAUAAUAUAGGACAAGGUUAUUACUGAAAUGCUGCAAGCGCACUUAUAUCCCCUUAACGAGCGGGAGUAGGGAUUUCUGGACUUCAGGUUUGAGUAUCAGCUCAGAUGAGCUGACCAGUCCAUUAAAGGCCAGAUUAGCCGUAACACAGCGGGGUGUCCCUGUCCAUGCCACUAAUGUUCUGUGUAUUUGUCAAACACCCGCAAAGCAUCACCUCUUCAACGAUUAAGCUAUAAACUUGACCACAUUAGACAGUUGUUAGUCAUGUUGUGUAGAAGCUGCGAGCUGCUCCGCUGUAGUGAACCAGUGGGCUGUAGUGAAACAGGUCUUACUGUAAAGCGACAGAACAAAUCACUGGCUUGGAGGGUGAAAGUUGCAUCUGUUUCAGUCGAUUUCACAAUGCGGUGCGGAAUCGUCGCUACAGUUCAAAAAUGUUUUACUAGCUCAUCUAUAGGCUGUUUUGAAGGUGGGAGAAGUGAAGGGGGUCGUCAGUCUUUUUAUUAUUAUUAUUUGUAUUUGUUUCCUGAGCAGCAGUAUUAAUGAAGACAUCUCGAAAAAGUCUCCCCAACCCUUCAAGCAUUUAAAGUGCCUGUAAAAGCGCAAAAUACACUGAUUUGUUUGUUCAACGCUAGGCUGUAGACGACGAGGGGGAACACGCUUCAAUUUUACAGCUCAGUCUUAUGAUUGUGUAUUUCACUUGAAAUAAAAAGAGACAACGAUUAGAGGCAGUAUUCUUGUAAAUAUAGGUCAAUUCAUUUCAAGGACUUUUUUCUUAUACAAAGUAUAUGUGAUUAAGAAAAAAACUGUGGUUGCCAUUUUUUUCGGUAAAAAAUAAAACAAAUGUCUUCAAAAAUGAGUGGCAGACUUAGCUAGUAGCACUGAAAGUUAUGUUUGUAAUGUAUAUACAUAUUAAGACAAAUGUUUUUUUUUUCUUUCUUUCUUUUUUCAUGUAUUUAGACUGUGAAUGCAUGGCCACAGGUCGCUAACCUAUUUUACCUUUGAUAUAUAUAAAUGUAAAUGUUUUUGACUGUAUAGAUAUAAUCUGUGCAUUCAGUACACUAGCCCUUGUAUUUAAAAAAGAAAAAAAAGGACAAAAAAAGAGAAAAGAAACAAAACGUU